AUGAAACUUCAAGGGAGUUUGGGGGACAGGGUGGUGUUGAUCAUGGUUGACAGUGGCGCUAGUCACAACUUUAUAUCCAAAGUGUUGGCUGAGGAGUUUCAACUGGGGAUGGAUAAAGGCCAGAUUCAUUUGAUCUGGCGGUGGAGUCGGUGUAGAGUGGCCAAAGUUAGUUUUUUAAUCUACCCAUUUUGGUUUUUGGCUCAACUUACCUUUAACUUGUCAUUGAAGUAUACUAUAGUCACAUCAAACACAAUCUUAAGCAGCGCAUCCAGUCUUCUUACCUUCUUGGUCUCCCUAACAUUCUUGGGAUUAUAUGCAGUUUAUAUAACUCUUAUUUGCAUGAAAUUACUGGAUAGUGAUGGAAAGAGUGGUGAAGCUAGUACAACUCGGUUUCUGGGAUAUCUUGGGCUUUUCAAUGUUUUAAUUUUUCUUCCAGUUGCCCUCAUACUAAAUAUUACCAAGAUGGAAAGUUUUCAUUGCUAG